GCGUGCUCUGCGCCGCCACGGCGGGGACGGUCCAAGAUGGCCGGGGGAGAGGAGGAGGGGGCGGCGGCGGGGACGGAGACCGAGUCAGAGGCGGUGGUGGAAGAGCUGCGGAGCUUCAAGGACCUGGGAGUGACAGAUGUGCUGUGUGAAGCUUGUGACCAGUUAGGAUGGAAGGUGCCAACGAAGAUCCAAGUUGAGGCUAUUCCAGUGGCUCUCCAAGGCAGAGACGUCAUUGGACUGGCAGAAACUGGCUCUGGAAAAACAGGAGCUUUUGCUUUGCCAAUUCUUCAAGCACUGCUGGAAACACCUCAGCGGCUGUUUGCUCUUGUCCUCACACCAACAAGGGAGCUGGCCUUUCAGAUCUCAGAGCAGUUUGAAGCUCUCGGAUCCUCUAUCGGUGUCCAAACUACUGUUAUUGUGGGUGGAAUUGACACAAUGUCUCAAUCUCUGGCCUUAGCCAAGAAACCACAUGUUAUAAUUGCAACCCCUGGCCGUCUGGUCGAUCAUCUGGAGAACACAAAGGGCUUUAACUUACGUGCUCUGAAAUUCCUAGUGAUGGAUGAGGCUGACCGGAUUCUUAACAUGGAUUUUGAGACAGAGGUGGAUAAGAUACUAAAAGUGAUUCCUCGAGACAGGAAGACAUUUCUGUUUUCUGCCACCAUGACCAAGAAGGUUCAAAAACUCCAGCGUGCUGCUCUGAAGAAUCCUGUUAAAUGUGCUGUUUCUUCCAAGUAUCAGACAGUUGAAAAACUACAGCAGUACUACAUUUUCAUCCCCUCAAAAUUUAAGGACAGCUACCUGGUUUAUAUCUUGAAUGAACUAGCUGGUAACUCUUUCAUGAUAUUCUGUAGUACCUGUAACAAUACUCAAAGGACUGCUCUACUGCUCCGCAACCUGGGUUUCACUGCCAUUCCUCUCCAUGGGCAGAUGAGUCAGAACAAACGCUUGGGCUCUCUAAACAAGUUCAAGGCAAAGGCACGUUCUAUUCUGCUGGCUACUGAUGUUGCAAGCAGAGGUCUGGACAUACCCCAUGUAGAUGUGGUGAUAAACUUUGAUAUCCCUACGCAUUCUAAGGAUUACAUUCAUCGUGUUGGGAGAACAGCUCGAGCUGGAAGAUCUGGCAAAUCUAUCACCUUUGUCACACAGUAUGAUGUGGAGCUAUUCCAGCGCAUCGAACACCUGAUUGGCAAAAAGCUGCCAGCGUUCCCCAUGCAAGAGGAAGAAGUUAUGAUGCUGACAGAGCGUGUGGCUGAGGCCCAGAGAAUUGCUCGAAUGGAGCUGCGGGAGCAGGGAGAGAAGAAGCGAUCUCGGAAUGAUAAUGAUGAUGACACAGAAGAAGCUAUUGGUGUCAGGAAUAAGGUGGCAGGUGGGAAAAAGAAGAAAAGGAAAGCCUUCUAGUUCGGUAUUCAAACAGACUUUUUUAUUUUUCUCUUCAUGGCUAUAUGAGCUGGCAAAAAUGGUCUACCAAGCUAUCUCCAGUGGAUUUUUUUUUCAAAACUACAUGUGAACUUGGGUGGUCCAUGAGGAAAACAACUUCUCUUCUGCUUUACCAGCUAUAGACUGAGCUUGGACCAUUGUGGUACCAUAGUGCCAGUCUUCUGUUCAGAGACAUCAUUAGAGACUGUCACCUCUGGACCUGGAAGCAGCUGUGGUCUGGCCCUGCUCAUUCACAAAGAAGCGCAGUGUGACUGCAGCUUUUGCAUUGAUGCAGCCUGUCUCACUACCCAAUCUCACUGAGUGCAUCUGGGGUCAGAUAGAUCUGUCAGAAAAAGUUAAAAGAAGUGACUGAGUUUUCACAGGGAUGUGUUAUGUGGAGAACUCCAAAUAUAUUUUGGUUAAUUUUAAAGCUA